AUGGAUCAUUCCAGGAUGAACUCCUACUUAGACUACCCCGUGUGUAACAGGGGGGCGAAUAUUUUCAGUGCCAAGGCCGGAUACCACAAUUUAAACCAUGGAUACAUGUCGUCCAACUCGUGCGCAACAAGUGAUAGUUACGCACCGGACGGCCGGUUAGUUCCUGCUCCUUCUGCGCCACACCAGCCCCCGAGCCUCCCUCUGCACCACCAGGCAGCACACGUCAACCUGGAUCUGCAGUUUGCAACCCCGUCUGGGAACACCAUGUAUGGGUCACCUCUGGAGUACGGACAUCACCAGUACGGCCUGGCGCCCGAGCAGGACCGGAGCUUCAUCCACUCGCAGGUUUCCCCUCUCGGAACAAACAUGGCUCCUUACACCGGGGACAGUUGUGGGCCUGGGGUUGUAACAGGCGGCCAGUAUCUACAUUUUGGAAACGGGGAUCAGAGGCAGCCAGAGUAUCCAGAGAGUGUUUACACAAGGUUACCGAGCCAAAGCAGGGAGAAGGAUUUGGAGCAUGUAGAGGAGGCUUCUAAAACAUUCGACUGGAUGAAAGUGAAGAGGAAUCCACCUAAAACAGCUGUCAUGUCGGAGUUCGGGGUUCCCGGCCAGCUCAACGUGAUCCGCACCAACUUCACCACCAAGCAGCUGACCGAGCUGGAGAAAGAGUUCCACUUCAACAAAUACCUGACUCGGCCACGGAGGGUGGAGGUCGCCGCCAGUCUGGAGCUCAACGAGACGCAGGUGAAAAUCUGGUUUCAGAAUCGCAGGAUGAAGCAGAAAAAACGCGAGAAGCUGGGCUGCGUUUUGGUCAGCAGAGCAGCACCUGUAGAGACACUUUCUGGCAGUGAAACCUCUCCAAAGGGGAAAGGGAAAGACAGUAAACCAUGA